AUGGUGAGAACUCGUGGUGCUUCCUCCAAGAAGAUCCCUGCUUCUCAAUCCCGAAAGGUGCCAUCUCCUUCGCCUCCUCCGUCUGUGUCAACAGCGCCUCUUUCUGUUCCAGCAGUUGCCACAUCUGUUGGAAAGUCCUGCAAAUCCAAGGCACGCAAGAAGGUGUUUUCGCUCUCUCAUGAACAUCCUAUGGUGUUUCCAGAUAUCUCUGCUGACAUUGUUGCACCACCAUCUGAAGUGGUGGUGCCCUCUCGAGCCAAGGACCAUUCUCCUCUUCCUUUUGAUUCGUUUUUGGAGGCUAGGGCAAAAUCGAAAUCUGUUUCAUCCUCUUCCAAAGCUGCUGCUGUUGGGUUGCUCAAAUUGCCCUUGAAGCCGAGUCAGUCCAAGAAAAAUUCUGUGACUCCCAAAAGGAAAUUGGGGUUGGACGCGUCUCUUUCUCCCUUGUCUGCUGCCAAGAAAAAAUUGAAGGCUCAUCCCCCUUCACUGUCCUCCUCCGAAUCUGAUCCUGAGGAAGAAAAGUCAGAAUCUGAAGCAACUCAUGAGACCACAUUGUCUGAUGAAACGGUUCCUGACAAUGCAGAAUCAGAGGCUAAGUCUGAUGAGCCAGAAAAAGAAGACAUUGUCCCCUCUGAACAAGAAGCCGAAUCUGACUCAGACCAAAUUGCAACUCCUUUGACAUCCAAGGCUAAAGGGAAGAAAUCUAUUUCUGGUUCUACACCUUCUCCAAAACGUUCAGGUGUAAAUUUCAAACCUUAUUCUUCCAUUUUUUGCUAUAAUGAUAAUGCACGUGAUAUGGUUCAAGAUCAACAAUGGACAGACAUUGCUCUUGCUUUGCAUCUUCCCCUUGCUGUCGAGGAUGAUGUUGAUGGUGCCUCUCUUGACGAGGACAUGGUUAUCACUAAAUUGGUCGGUCAAAAAAUGCUAUGGCCAUCUAAUACAGUCAUCUCAGUCUCCAAUCUCACCUACACUUAUGCUGUUCUCCAUAAGUUUGCCACAACAAAUUGGAAGCCCACUUCUCACACCGCCACUAUCUCUUUUGAUAUGGCCUCAUUUUUGUACAAGGUGGGGACCGGUCUUGGUAUAAAUUUGGCUUCGGUUAUUCAUGAUCAAAUCAUUGGGUUUCGCAAAGGUAACAGGAAAAACUUGAAUCUUCCUUUUCCUCAAGUUAUUUAUAAAGUGUUGAGUAUGCAGAAAAAAGAUCUCCAACGUGAUCAAGAAGACUUGGUGGCACCUACUACUGCUGCUUCCUACAAGGCCUCUGCCCCUCCUACUGAAGCCACUGCUGCUCCGUCAUCCAAGAAAGUCAAGCCCCAAUCUCUGAAGAUUGCCUCGGAUGACAUUCCUCAUGCCUCCUACUCUGUUGCCACAGAUUCAGGACUUUUUGCAACAGAAAUAGCUGCUGUUCGAGCCUCUGUUGAUUCUUUGACUGCUUGA